AUUACCAUGCACUGCGGUCAUAUGACUGAAACCCGAAUCACGUGAUCUUUUCAACCAGGGAAAUCACGGGAGUUACACGGUGGUGUAACAAGGAUAGUGAAACUGGGAAUUGCAGUUCCGCAUUCUGGCUGAAAAAUCGUCUUGUUUUCAUCAGUUGAAUGAUUAGAGAGUUAGCAGCCUCGCUUGGUGUUUAUGCGUCCAGAGAGUUUGAUGCUUGCUGGCUCGGUGUCGUGUCGGCUCAGCGCAAGAGCGAAGAUUAUUACACUAGAAGAGAAUGACAGACAGGACCCCGCUUUUGCAUUACCGGCUUUCCUCCAGUAUAACUGACGCGGACCGCCUGCGCCAUGCCCCGGGAACCGGCGGGCGAGAUGGGAGCCAGCUCCGUGGCUCAAGCAGCCGGACACAGACUCCACAGCCCCAGAAGCUCUCCACCUUUUUCGGGGUCGUUAUCCCGACACUGCUCUCCAUGUUUAGCGUCGUGGUGUUCCUCAGAAUCGGGUUCGCGGUGGGCCAGUCCGGUCUGUACCAGACCAUCGCCAUGUUCAUCGUGGCCUACAUCAUCAUCGGCAUGACCGUGCUGUCAGUGUGCGCCAUCUCCACCAAUGGGGCGCUUGACGCAGGCGGCGCCUACUACAUGAUCAGCCGCGCACUGGGGCCGGAGUUCGGGGGCAGCAUUGGGAUCAUGUUCUUCCUGGCCAACGUGUGUGGGAGCGCCCUCUUCGUGCUGGGGCUGGUGGAGUCCAUCAUGGACACCUUUGGGGUCCCGCAAGGUCCCGAGGCAGGGUUGGGCAGCAGCGUGCAGGUCCUGCCGCGCACGUACUGGUGGGAGCUGCUCUACGGCACGAGCAUCCUGUUGUUGUGCCUCCUGGUGUGCCUGGUGGGCGCCCACAUCUACGCCAAGGCCACCUUCAUCAUCUUCCUCAUCGUCCUCGUGGCGCUGAUCACCAUCUUCAUCAGCUUCUUCGUGGUCAAGCCCCACGAGGUCACCGUGCCCCUGCUCAACGGCACGGGCACCACCACCGCCAACUUCACAGGCUUCAAGCUGGCCACCCUGCAGGAGAACCUCAUGGGUGGCUACACCGUGGACUACACCACGGGCAACAUGAUGAGUUUUGCCACGGUGUUCGCUGUGAUGUUUAACGGCUGCACUGGGAUCAUGGCCGGCUCUAAUAUGUCAGGGGAUCUGAAGACCCCCAGUUACUCCAUCCCCAGGGGCACCAUCACUGCCGUCAUGUUCACCUACAUCAUCUACAACCUGCUGUCCGUCAUGGUGGCCUGCUCCUGCGACAGGCUCCUGCUGCAGCGAGACUACAGCUUCCUGCGGGACAUCAAUGUCUGGCACCCCUUUGUCACCGUCGGGGUCUACUCCUCCACCCUCUCCGCAGCCAUGAGCAACCUGAUUGGGGCAUCCCGCAUCCUGUACGCGAUGGCCAGGGACGACCUGUUCGGAAAGGUGCUGGCUCCAGCCAAGAUGAUGUCCCGCAGUGGCAAUCCGUGGGCCGCCGUGCUCAUCUCCUGGUUUCUAGUUCAGCUGGUGCUGUUCUCAGGGAAGCUCAACACCAUCGCGGGGAUCGUUGCUAUCUUCUUCAUGCUGGUGUACGCAGCCGUGGACCUGGCCUGCCUGGCGCUGGAGUGGGCCUCCGCACCUAACUUCAGGCCCACGUUCCGCUACUUCACCUGGCACACCUGUGUGCUGGGGAUUGUGGGCUGCGGCAUCAUGAUGUUCCUCAUUAACCCUAUCUACGCCUCGGCCAGCAUCGCCUUCAUGCUGUUCCUGCUCGUCAUCAUCCACUACCUGUCUCCCACCAGCAGCUGGGGCUACAUCAGUCAGGCCCUCAUCUUCCACCAGGUGAGGAAGUACCUGCUGAUGCUGGACGUGCGGAAGGACCACGUUAAGUUCUGGCGGCCGCAGGUGCUCCUGAUGGUGGCCAACCCCCGGAGCAGCGUGGAGCUCAUUGGUUUCGUGAAUGACAUCAAGAAGAGCGGCCUGUACGUGUUGGGCCAUGUGGAGCUCGGGGACCUGGACACGCUGCCGUCGGACCCACUGCAGUCCCGCUACGACUCCUGGCUCACCCUCGUCGACAAGCUGAACAUCAAGGCCUUCGUCAACCUCACCCUGGCUGACACCAUCCGGCACGGGGUGCAGCAGCUGCUCUUCAUCUCGGGCCUGGGUGGAAUGAGACCCAACACCAUGGUCCUCGGAUUCUAUGACGACUGCGAGCCCCAGGACGGGCUGGAGGAGUUUGCAGGCAUCGCGAUGGACACCAGCCUCCCGGUCGAGGAACCGCGGCUGAACUUUCCGGUGCUCCGACGGACGGCCGGCAGGAAGGCGCUGUCGAUGGAGGAUUAUGUGGCUGUGGUGUCGGACUCUGUGAAGAUGCUGAAGAACGUGGCCCUGGCACGCUACUUCUCCGACUUCGACAGGAAGGAGGUGCUGGGCCGCAAAGCCGUGUUCGUGGACGUGUGGCCGCUGAACCUGAUGCGGCCGGACAGCAUCAACUACGUGGACACAUGCAGCCUGUUCCUGCUGCAGCUGGCCUGCGUGCUCACCAUGGUGCGGUCCUGGCGCCAGGCCCGGCUGCGCCUCUUCCUGUGCGUAGAGUCCGGCCGCAGCGUGCAAGGCCCCGAGGAGAAGCUCCGGCAGCUGCUCCGCGAGCUGCGCAUCAAGGCAGACAUCCACACCGUGGCCUGGGACUCCGUGGUGGCCCUGCACUGGCACAAACAGGCGGGGAGGAAGCCAGAGGAGGAGCUGGAGCUGGAGGAGGAGGACUUUGUGAACAGCUUCCCCAGCAACGCCACCCGCAUCUCUGACGAUUACCUGCAGGCCAUCAACAGGAUGAUCCUGCAGCAGGCCUCGGAGCCAGCCGUGCGCUUCCUGUACCUGCCUCGACCCCCCGCGGACACCAGCCUGUACCACACCUACCUGCGCCACCUGGACAUCAUGACCAAAGACCUGGGACCCACUCUACUCAUCCACGGAGUGACUCCCGUCACCAGCACUCACCUCUGAGCCUGCCUCGACCCCCCUGCAGACACCAGCCUCUACCACACCUACCUGCACCACCUGGACAUCAUGACCAAAGACCUGGGACCCACUCUACUCAUCCACGGAGUGACUCCCGUCACCAGCACUCACCUCUGAGCCUGCCUCGACCCCCCUGCAGACACCAGCCUCUACCACACCCACCUGCACCACCUGAACAUCAUGACCAAAGACCUGUGACCCACUCUGCUCAUCCACAGAGUGACUCCCGUCACCAGCACUCACCUCUGAGCUGGGGCCGACCAUGCAGAGGGGAGUGUUUGUGAUAUCAGAGCACUUUUAUAGUGACAUGGAGUGGCAUUAAUCACACCGACGUGCUUAGUUAAUAGAAACCGCAGGUGACUCGCAACAUGGUUUUAAUAACUCAAAGUCUGAUAAAGUUGAUAAAUUAGUGUGGUUGAUGUUACUGGUUAAAGUGUCACCCUCUUUGUAUCCCGUGCCAGGGUGGGUGAACUAGGCUGGCAUAAUUACUACCACCACAUCCCUGUUUAGUUAUAUACACAUACACAAAAGAAAAGGUUUAUGAAGAAGUUAAAGUAAAACUAGGACUGCCUGCCAAGUUCCUGUUUAUUACAUUGCUUUCGGUUUAAUUCAUUCCAAUUGAUUUAUUUCUCCAGGAUCAAGAAAACCUUUCAGAACGCGGGUCUCAUUGGCAAGGGGGUCCUGGCAAGCGAGCAGCUGUCGUGUUUAGUUACUCUGGUUCUGACAUCCAGACAACCCAGAUCAAUAGACUGCAGUACAUAAUGUUUAAACCGCUGUCAGUCACACAAUGCAGUCCCAGCGUUACAAUACAAUCGCAGCCGAUGCUUUGUGUUUGACAUGAUCAAGUGGCACUCAAAACCACUGUUAAACAAACAUGCUGACUUGCUGCAGCUCCAACAAGAUCAUGUGCAGAAUGCAACGUUUUGUCCGAAGCAGACCCUCUGUUCUGAUUAAAUAUAUAAUGUUGCCUCUCUUCUGCAGGACAACUUGUCUGAAACCUUGCACACCGGUUCCAUCACCUCUCCCAGAGGAAAUAGAUGAAUAUAUCAAAGCUUAGCGUGGAAUCAGAAAGUGAGCUGGGAAAGCAAUUCAGCCCUCAGAAAAUAUGCGACAUAAAUUUCUCGAAACGGUUCCCUCUAUUAAAGCGAUAAUCAUGCAAUCCACUCUUGUACAGGUCUUUUAAAUGAGCCUAUUUAGCAUCAGAAAAUGACGCAUUAGUCAUGGAGUAUAAUAGCCUGGUGAAAUAAUUACAUUUUGGACACCUACAUAAACUAGGGCUUUAUAUAUUAUGUAUAUGAUUUAAUAAUAUAAUUAUGCGUGUUAAUUUUACAUGAAACCUCACGAUCGGAUCUCUGCACUUUCUAUUCAGUAGAGUAGAAAAACUGAAAGUGUGCUGGGGUAGCUGACUCCUGCUUAUACCAGCCCAGAUAACAAAGGGGGGCGCUGCAGUGGUGGUGUAAAAGGUGCUGAUCUAGUUUACCCUCAUUGAGCCAUCCUGUCUGUAUACCAAGAAGUGCCCGAGACAGCAGAGUUUGGCAGACUUUCAGGUGUUGUGGAACAUUGUGUGACCGCUGCCUCGUAGUUCCUAAAGGAAAUGUAAAAGGAACUGCAAUGAAAGCGUAGGGUACAGCAGAGGGGAAACAGACUGCAGUAAGCACAAGGUUAUAGUACAACUACAUCAACCUGAAGAGCCCCAUGAGGGUCUAAUUUACCAUUCCAGUGCAGGCACUGUGCUCCACUGUUUGUACCCAUUUCAGUGCAUCCUCAUUUCAGAUAAAGUUAACAGGAGUCUAGCAGGGGGUGGAUCUUCUGCACAGCAUAACCCAGAGAGGAAAUGAACCUGGUGCUUCACUGCAGGCUGUUCUACACCUUCCUUAGCAAUCGGGAAACACUGCAGGUUCCUUCCCAGGAGGAUCAGAGCUCACUUUCUCAGUGAAAGCUUUGCUGGCGGACUGACUCAAAUCCAGGUUUUCGUUCUUCACACAGAUCUGCCAGCGGAUUGCCUUGAACCAGGCUUCUCGAAUUUGGUAGAGUGGCUUUCUUAUGGGCUGUUGUUGUGUAGUGCAGCUAAUCUUCAGUGCUGCUGCCUCUGGAUCAGCAGGGACCCCCCUGUUGCUUUGUUUACACCAGCCGUCGCUCCCACUGAACUUGAUUGAUCGAUGUGAGAGAGACGCUCACAGUACAGGUGCUCUGCUUCCAGCUUUCUUAAGAAAAGCUUUGCAUGGUUCUCCUUUUUAUUUAGAUAGUUUUACCGUAUGUACUUUUGAACAGCUGUCUGGAAAGUAAUUUCUGGUUUCCGAGAUGAUGGAUUUUGUGACAGUUGGCAGCGGUACGUUUAGUUUCCUCUUGGACUGAAAUCAAAUCAAAAAUAAAAAGUAUAUCGUGUGGACACCGAGUGUGUCGUGUGGACACUGUGGGUAUACUAUGGGUGUUUGCCAGUUACUUAAAGCCAUAAAUAUUUGCGACCAAAAUAUUUGCAGAAUCACACCAUAAAACCUAUUUUGCUCCAGAAAUGUUGGGGACCUGUUGCAAUAUAUCAAUGCACUUGCAAUGCAAAGUUUGAGUUUUUCACACACAAAAACCGCAUAAUAAAAGGAUGGCAAAUAUUUAUGGCUUUACAGUACCUGAAACAUUGAGUCCAUUCUGUUUACAUAUAUAAGCAUAUAUUAUGAUUAUGAUUGUGAUGCUGGGUGACUGUAAAGCCAGUUGUCUGUUUUGCAGUAUGCGUGUGAGAUGCUGCUGCAUUCUGCUGUGUUGUAAUGCAGUGAACCCUUCCCUGAGACAGUAGGUGCAAUACCAUCAAUCAAUGCAGUAAAAUCUCUGUAGGUGUCAGGUACAAGGAGCUGUGUAGCACUGC